AUGUUGAAACGGCGGACGUCCAAACGUUUUGUACUGGGUGAUACGUCGGUGGAUGAGGGGAAUUGGGAAGAUGAGGCUGCUGAAGUUAUACCAUCAGCUUUGGUGCAGAAAUUUCAAAUGAAAUUGGAUGCUGAUUUGGAUGGGGCUAAACAAAAUGAAGAUCUUCCGCAAGUGCAAGAUGGACGUUUGCUUAGAACACCCACAGGAACCUUACAACCGUCUAUGUCCCAAGGCACAGUGAUACACAGCCAGAGGUUCCAAGAGAAAGACUUUACUAUUGCUACACCUGAAGAGUUUGUCCGGAGAUUUCAAGGGACGAAACCUAUUAAUAAGAUACUGAUCGCUAACAACGGUAUCGGCGCAGUAAAAUGUAUGCGAUCAAUUCGAAGAUGGUCCUACGAAAUGUUCAAAAACGAAAGGGCAGUCCGGUUCGUGGUUAUGGUAACCCCAGAAGAUUUGAAAGCAAACGCCGAAUACAUAAAAAUGGCGGAUCACUACGUCCCAGUACCCGGUGGAUCGAAUAAUAAUAAUUAUGCGAAUGUUGAACUCAUUGUUGAUAUCGCCGUCAGGACCCAAGUACAAGCCGUAUGGGCAGGUUGGGGUCAUGCUUCAGAGAACCCCAAACUCCCAGAGUUAUUACACCGGGCUGGUGUGGUCUUCAUCGGUCCCCCGGAGAAAGCUAUGUGGGCUUUAGGAGACAAGAUUGCUUCAUCUAUAGUGGCGCAGACUGCGGAUAUACCAACUUUGCCAUGGAGUGGAAGUGAACUAAAAGCUGAAUACAACACUAAGAAAAUCAAGAUAUCGUCUGAAUUAUUCGCUAAGGGCUGUGUGUCGUCCCCCGAGCAAGGUCUGCAGGCCGCUAAUAAAAUUGGAUUCCCCGUCAUGAUCAAGGCGUCAGAGGGCGGUGGUGGCAAAGGUAUCAGAAAAGUGGAAAACGCUGACGACUUCAAUAACAUGUUUAGACAGGUGCAAGCCGAAGUUCCAGGGUCACCGAUAUUCGUGAUGAAGUUGGCCAAAUCCGCUCGCCAUUUGGAAGUGCAGUUGCUGGCUGAUCAAUACGGUAACGCAAUAUCGCUAUUUGGCCGCGACUGUUCCAUACAACGCCGUCACCAGAAAAUCAUAGAAGAGGCUCCAGCUGCCAUCGCGAAGCCCGAAGUUUUUAUUGAGAUGGAAAAGGCAGCAGUACGUUUAGCCAAAAUGGUAGGCUACGUCAGUGCCGGCACAGUGGAGUAUCUAUAUGAACCUCUCACUGGCUCUUAUUUCUUCCUAGAACUGAAUCCCAGGCUGCAAGUGGAACAUCCCUGCACUGAGAUGGUGGCUGAUGUUAAUUUACCGGCUGCGCAGUUACAGAUUGCCAUGGGACUUCCCCUAUAUCACAUCAAAGAUAUCCGUCUCCUCUAUGGAGAAUCCCCGUGGGGUAUGACCCAAAUCGACUUCGACGAGCCCAAGCAGAGACCUUCACCCUGGGGUCACGUGAUCGCCGCCAGGAUCACUUCUGAGAAUCCUGAUGAAGGUUUCAAACCAUCCUCCGGUACUGUCCAAGAGCUAAACUUCAGGUCAUCUAAAAAUGUAUGGGGCUACUUCAGUGUAGCGGCUUCAGGUGGACUUCAUGAGUUUGCUGACUCUCAGUUUGGACAUUGUUUCUCUUGGGGAGAGACCAGAGAACAGGCGAGAGAAAAUUUAGUCAUUGCCCUCAAAGAGUUGAGCAUUCGUGGUGAUUUCCGAACUACAGUGGAGUAUCUCAUCACUCUGCUAGAAACUCCGUCUUUCCAAGAGAACCAUAUCGAUACGAGCUGGCUAGAUGCGCUCAUCGCUGAGAGGAUGCAAUCAGAGAAACCGGACGUCAUGUUGGGUGUUUUAUGCGGCUCUAUCCUCAUAGCGGAUAGCAUCAUCACUGCGCACUUGCAAGAGUUCAAGAGUGCGUUGGAAAAAGGACAAAUCCAAGGUUCCAGCCAGUUGUCCAACAACGUAGACGUAGAGUUAAUACACAGUGGACACAAAUACAAAGUGCAAGCGACCAAGUCCGGACCUACAUCAUACUUCCUGGCUCUGAACGGUAGUUUCAAAGAGUUGGAAGUUCAUAAGCUUACAGAUGGUGGUACACUACUAUCAGUCGACGGAGCGUCAUUCACUACAUAUCUAAAAGACGAAGUAGACAAAUAUCGUAUUGUAAUCGGGAAUCAAACUGUGGUCUUUGAGAAGGAGAAGGAUCCUUCCAAGUUACGAGCGCCAUCUGCCGGCAAGUUGAUAAACACAUUGGUGGAAGAUGGCGGCCAUGUGGACAAGGGACAGCCUUAUGCUGAGAUUGAGGUGAUGAAAAUGGUGAUGACCCUGUCGGCCCCGGAGGCGGGCAAAGUGACGUGGUGCCUGCGGCCCGGCGCCGUGCUGGACAUGGGCACGCUCAUGGGGGUCUUAGAGCUCGACGACCCAUCACUAGUGACAACAGCGCAACCCUACAAGGGACAGUUCCCACUUGGAGAUAAUCCGCAGCUGUCGGAGAAAUUGAACCAUGCACAUAACAAGUAUAGAGCCAUAUUGGAGAACACUCUUGCUGGAUAUUGUCUCCCGGAUCCAUACAACACGCCGCGACUAAGAGAAGUGAUUGAAAAGUUCAUGACGAGUUUAAGAGAUCCUUCUUUACCACUUUUAGAAUUGCAAGAAGUGCUAUCAUCGACGUCGGGGCGCAUCCCUAUCUCCGUGGAGAAGAAAGUGCGCAAGCUGAUGGCGCUGUACGAGAGGAACAUCACUAGCGUGCUCGCACAGUUCCCCAGCCAGCAGAUCGCGAGUGUCAUAGAUCACCACGCAGCAUCACUCUCGAAGCGAGCGGACAGAGAUGUGUUCUUCAUGAGCACGCAGGCGUUGGUUGUUUUGGUGCAGAGAUACAGGAACGGUAUCCGGGGCAGGAUGAAGGCGGCGGUUCAUGAUUUACUCAAACAAUACUAUCAAGUAGAAAGCAACUUCCAAUUGGGUUCAUACGACAAGUGCGUGAUGGCGUUGCGCGACCGCUACAAAGACGACAUGCAAGCCGUCGCCAACAUCAUAUUCUCCCAUAACCAAGUACCUAAGAAGAAUUUAUUGGUCACAAUGCUGAUCGAUCACCUGUGGUCCAACGAGCCGGGCCUCACGGACGAGCUGGCGGCCACGCUCAACGAGCUCACCACGCUGCACCGCGCCGAGCACGGCCGCGUCGCGCUGCGCGCCAGGCAGGUGCUGAUAGCGGCCCACCAGCCCGCGUACGAGCUGCGCCACAACCAGAUGGAGUCGAUCUUCCUAUCGGCCGUGGACAUGUACGGACACGACUUCCACCCUGAGAACUUGGAGAAGCUGAUCAUGUCCGAAACGUCUAUAUUUGAUAUAUUGCACGAUUUCUUCUACCACACCAAUGCUGCAGUUUGUAACGCAGCGUUGGAAGUGUACGUGCGUCGCGCGUACACGUCGUACGAUAUCACAUGCUUGCAACACCUGGCUCUGUCCGGAGAGUUGGGGGUCGUUCAUUUCCAGUUUGUCCUGCCUACUGGACAUCCUAACAGGAUACCAAUAAGCCAAUCAGAGAUCGAACUGGCAUCAGCUCAAGAUCAAGAGGGUGUUCCAGCGGAGCUGUCCACGGCGGCCAUGAGGAAAUGCCACCAUAGAACCGGAGCUCUCGCCGCGUUCAAUUCGUUCGAACAGUUCGCUGAAUAUGCAGACGAAUUGCUGGAUUUGGUCCACGAUUUCGCCAGUUCAGCGACUGUCAGACGUGAGGAUUUACAAGCGUUGCAAGAGGGUAGCGAGAAUCGCGAUAGUACAAGUAUCAAUGUUGGGAUGGAUUUGAAGCCUAACAUAGAAGAAGAGGUUCCACUGGAGCCUAUCCACAUCCUGAUGAUAGGUAUCCGGGACACGGGAGAGAACGACGACGGCGCGGUGUCCAGACGCUUCGGGCACUUCUGUCGGGUGCACGCGCGGGAGUUGCAUCAGAAACGGAUCAGGCGUAUCACCUUCAUGUUGCUUAUUAAACGCCAAUUCCCCAAAUUCUUUACGUACCGUGCGAGGAACGAGUUUAAAGAAGACACUAUAUACCGUCAUCUCGAGCCUGCAUCUGCUUUCCAACUGGAACUGUAUAGGAUGAGGAGUUACGACCUGGAAGCUUUACCGACUAGCAACCAGAAGAUGCAUUUGUAUUUGGGUAAAGCUAAGGUGAAGAAAGGUCAAGAGGUGACAGACUACAGAUUCUUCAUCCGCUCCAUCAUCAGGCACCAGGACCUGAUCACCAAGGAGGCGUCCUUCGAAUAUCUGCAGAAUGAGGGUGAAAGGGUGUUGUUAGAAGCAAUGGACGAAUUGGAAGUGGCGUUCUCACAUCAGCUCGCCAAGCGGACAGAUUGCAAUCACAUCUUCUUGAACUUUGGACCUACCGUCAUCAUGGACACCGCUAAGAUAGAAGAGUCAGUUCUUAGCAUGGUGAUGCGGUACGGACCCAGACUGUGGAAGCUCAGGGUCUUGCAGGCUGAGAUCAGAUUUACAUUGAGAAUAGGUCCCGGCGCACCAACAAAGAAUGUCCGACUGUGCCUCUCCAACGGUUCGGGAUAUUCGUUAGACAUAUACACGUACGAGGAAGUCAUCGACCCGAGGACUGGAGUGAUAAUCUUCCAAUCGUUCGGUCCCAAGCAGGGUCCCAUGCACGGCCUGCCCAUAUCCACUCCAUACGUCACUAAGGACUACUUGCAGCAAAAGAGAUUCUUGGCGACGUCCCAAGGAACAACAUACGUGUACGAUAUUCCGGACAUGUUCAGACAGGUUGUGGAGAAAAGGUGGCGGGAAUGUAUUGAGGAGGGAUCUGUGGAUGGUCCACCGCCGGACAACGUGAUGACAUGUGUAGAGUUGGUGGUGGAGUCCGAUGGCGAGAGACGUGUGGUGGAAGUUACCAGACUGCCGGGACAGAAUACCGUGGGCAUGGUGGCGUGGCGUCUGACCCUGUUCACGCCCGAGUGCCCCGCGGGCCGGGACAUCGUGCUCAUCGCCAACGACCUCACGUACUACAUGGGGUCGUUCGGGCCGCAGGAGGACUGGGUGUACUACCGCGCCUCGCAGUACGCGCGCGACCUCAAGAUACCUAGGAUAUACGUAAGCGUGAAUUCUGGAGCUCGCAUCGGUGUGGCGGAAGAAGUGAAGUCCGAGUUCAAAGUGGCCUGGAUAGACUCGGAGAGGCCUGAGCGUGGGUUCAAAUACUUGUAUUUGAGUCCCGAGGCCUUCUCCAGAUUGGGGCCUUUGAAUUCUGUGAAGACCCAACUGAUCGAUGAUGAGGGUGAAGCGAGAUACAAGAUUACAGAUAUUAUUGGCAAGGAGGACGGUCUCGGCGUGGAGUGCCUGCGCGACGCCGGCCUCAUCGCGGGCGAGACGGCGCAGGCGUACGAGGACGUGGUCACCAUCAGCGUGGUCACCUGCCGGGCCAUCGGCAUUGGGGCAUACGUUGUGCGACUCGGCCAUCGCGUCAUCCAAGUGGAGUCGUCGUACAUCAUCCUGACCGGCUACGCCGCCCUCAACAAGGUGCUGGGGCGCGCGGUGUACGCCAGCAACAACCAGCUCGGUGGCGUACAGAUUAUGCACAACAACGGUGUGACGCACGCCGUCGCGCCCACUGACUUGGAGGCGAUACGGACUGCUGUUAAAUGGUUGUCGUAUGUGCCUAAGGACAAACUGAGCAUGGUCCCCAUAAUGCACAGCGCGGACCCCAUAGACCGACCGGUGGAGUGGACGCCGCCCCGCGCCGCCCACGACCCUCGUCUGAUGCUCACAGGGGAUAGCUCCAGGGCGGGAUUCCUAGAUCAUGGUAGCUUUGAUGAGAUCAUGAAGCCCUGGGCCCAGACUGUGGUUACUGGUCGAGGUCGUCUAGGUGGCAUUCCAGUGGGAGUGAUAGCAGUGGAAACCCGCACAGUGGAGUUCACGUUGCCCGCCGAUCCUGCCAACCUAGACUCCGAAGCCAAGACCGUACAGCAGGCUGGUCAGGUAUGGUUCCCCGACUCUGCCUACAAAACAGCUCAAGCCAUCAACGACUUCUCCCGUGAAAACCUGCCAAUACUCAUAUUCGCUAACUGGCGAGGAUUUAGUGGUGGACAGAAAGACAUGUACGAGCAGAUCCUGAAGUUCGGCGCGGAGAUAGUGCGCGCGCUGCGCGGCGCCGCGGCGCCGGUGCUGGUGUACGUGCCGCCGGGCGCCGAGCUGCGCGGCGGCGCCUGGGCCGUGGUGGACCCCAGCGUCAACCACGCGCGCAUGGAGAUGUACGCCGACACCGACGCCAGAGGUGGCGUUCUAGAGGCCGAGGGUAUUGUGGAAGUGAAGUUCAAGCAGCGUGACAUACUAAAAACUAUGCACAGAUUGGAUCCAGAAUUGUUGAGAUUGGGAGCGAGAUCCGCUGAAAUAAAAGAACAGAUAAAGGAACUUUCGAAGAAUCUAGACCGACGUGGCUCCAUCGACGAUGUGCUCGUAAAAACUGAUGCGGGUCGACAAGCUGAAACUCGUGUACGUGAACUAGAGGCCGAGUUGUUGGCGGCGGAUAAGGCGAUGAAAGCUAAGGAAAAGGAAUUGGGACCUAUAUACCAUGAGAUCGCGGUACAAUUUGCAGAGUUACACGACACUGCAGAGAGAAUGUUGGAGAAGGGCUGUAUAUUUGAUAUAAUCCCGUGGCGCUCGUCCCGGCGGCUGCUGCACUGGCGGCUGCGGCGGCUGCUGCGCCAGAACGCGCAGGAGGCGCGCGUGCAGGCCGCCGCCGCGCCGCCGCGCAUGGACCAGCGCGCCGCCGCCGCCACGCUGCGCAGGUGGUUCACCGAGGACCAGGGGGAGACGCAGUCCCACCAGUGGGAGCACGACAAUGAAGCAGUGUGCAAGUGGUUGGAAGCCCAAGCGGCGGAUAACGACUCGGUACUAGAAAGGAAUCUCAGGGCCAUCAAGCAGGAUGCUGUGCUGCAGGAGGUCAAUAGGAUGGUCAUGGAACUAACGCCCUCUCAACGCGCAGAGUUCGUAAGAAACCUCACUGCCCUAGAAAUGGAACCAGAUUUUAACAAU